CCUAUCCAAUUUAAGACCCUUCAACAACCAAGCAAUCUCUUUCACAAACCCAAAAACAACAAACCUCCAAACAGAACCAACAAUGUUCCAACCCAGAUUCACUUCCACAAUCAUCCUCUCUCUCACACUCCUCCUCUUUCACACCCAUCUCCAAAUCUGCACUUCUUUGUUAUCAACUACUCUGUUGAAGCACACUGAAACCGAUGCAGUGAUCACAAAGAGGGUCAGCACCAAAAGCAUUGGAGAUUGUUUGACUGAGACUGAGCUAAUGGAUUCUGAGACAAAUAGGAGAGUUUUGGCAAUGCAGAAAAAGUACAUAAGCUAUGAUACUUUGAAGAGAGAUAAGGUUCCUUGUGAAAGAGCUGGUGCUUCUUAUUAUAACUGUCAUCCAAGACAGGCUAACCCUUAUAGUAGAGGUUGUGAGGUUAUUACUGCAUGUGCAAGAGGUUCUUGAGAAAUUGAGAUUUGAUGAUUUUUAAUGGAAAAUAGAUCAAGGAAAGUCCCUUUUUUCUUUCCUUUCUUUUCCUUAAUUUAAUCUUCUUUUUUUUUUUUUAAUGUUUGGUUUAUGAACUUUCCUAUGUAGCUAAUAAAAUAAGAUUAGGAUUUGAUA